AUGCCUCUGGGGAGUAAAAGACUCGUUGGGAUUAUUGGACAGAUCGCCUUGCUUCUGCUCGGCUCCUACGGGACAAGUGGAGAAGAGGUAUGUGACAGCCCGCUGGUGUCCAAUCUGCCGCCGUCGUCCUUCAGAAGCUCCUCCCAGCUGUCCAGCAGCCAUGGGCCGGGCUUCGCUAAGGUCAACAGGAGAGAAGGAGCCGGCGGCUGGUCUCCUCUACACUCAGACAGAUAUCAGUGGUUGGAGGUGGAUCUGGGAAGGAGGACCCAAAUCACCGCUGUCGCCACGCAGGGCCGCUACGGCAGCUCUGAUUGGCUGAUGGCCUACGUCUUAAUGUUCAGCGACACGGGACACAACUGGAGACAGCACCGACAGGAAGACAGUAUAGGGGCUUUUCCAGGUAACAGUAAUGCAGACAGUGUGGUUCAGUACAAGUUUCAGCAGCCGGUCAUCGCUCGCUACCUCCGCCUCGUCCCUCUGGACUGGAAUCCCAGUGGGCGGAUUGGACUCAGGCUGGAGAUAUAUGGAUGUCCUUACACCUCUGAUGUGGCGAGCUUUGAUGGCAGCAGCAGCAUGCUCUACAGGUUGAGUCCGCGGCCGAGCCGGACAGCCAGGGAGCUCAUCUCUCUGAAGUUUAAAACCCUGAGGAAUGCUGGGACUCUGCUCCAUGCAGAGGGACAGAGAGACCAUAGCCUUACCCUGGCACUGGAGAAAGGAAAGCUGCUGCUCUAUUUCCAGCAAGGUAUGAGUUUGUCCUCUGGCAGACAGCACCUGGUUUCUCUGGGCAGUCUGCUGGACGACCAGCACUGGCACCAUGUGAAGGUGGAGCGGUUCAGCACUCACCUCAACCUCACCGUGGAUAAAAACACUCAGCAGGUUCAUAUCCCAGCAGAGUUAAGCCACUGGGACAUUCACCAGUUAAGUCUGGGAGCCGUCCAGAGUCAUGGAUUUCUAAAGCCCAAGAGGAACUUCCAUGGCUGCCUGGAGAACCUGCUGUACAACGGCCUCAACCUGAUCGACCUGGCUAAAAAGAAUGACCACCAGGUUGCUGUAGUGGGCAAUGUGACCUUUUCUUGUGCUGAGCCGGUUUCGGUGGCUGUGACGUUCACCGGCUCCCAGAGCUUCCUACAGCUGCCGGGAUCGACAGGAUGGACAUUGGGGGUCGUCUCCCUGGAACUGCACUUCCGGACGUGGAAUAAGGCGGGACUUCUGUUGACCUUUGACCUCCCCCAAGAGGAGGCCGUGGUCUGGCUCUAUCUAAAUGAUGCCAGGCUCUGCCUACAGAUCCAUAAAGCUGGGAGAGUCCUGCGGGAGCUCAGCACCGGUUCAAGUUUGAAUGAUGGCCAGUGGCAUUCUGUGGGGCUCAGGUCCAGACAGGAUCAUCUGACCAUUACAGUGGAUAAAGAAGAAGGAAGCAGCGCUCACACCAGCAUCUCAUUUCCAUUUGUGACAGGAAGUCACCUCUUCUUUGGUGGUUGUCCUGCUGAGGGGAGCGGUCACGAGUGUGAGAACCCCUUCAAGGUGUUCCAGGGCUGCAUGCGUCUCCUGACUCUGGACAGCCAGCCGGUUGACCUGAUCAAGGUGCAGGAGAGGCUGCUGGGAAACUACAGCCAUCUGCAGAUUGAUAUGUGUGGCAUCAUCGACAGGUGUUCUCCCAGUCAUUGCGAACAUGGCGGUAGAUGCAGUCAGUCAUGGAGCACCUUCCACUGCAACUGCUCCAACAGCGGCUACAAAGGAGCCACCUGCCACAGCUCGAUGUACGAGCAGUCAUGCGAGGCGUACAAACACAAAGGCAACACAUCGGGACAUUAUUAUAUAGAUGUGGACGGCAGCGGGCCGAUCAAACCCCAGCUCAUCUACUGUAACAUGACAGAGGACAGCACAUGGAUGGUGAUCCAGCAUAAUAACACGGAGCUGACCAGGGUACAACCGUCCCCUGAGGGGAAGCAGCAUUCAGCUCACUUCGACUACUCCUCUGAGGAGGAGCAGUUGGCAGCCAUCAUCAGCCAAUCAGAUCACUGUGAACAGGAACUGUCCUACCACUGCAGGAAGUCCCGCCUCCUCAACACACCAGAGGGCUCUCCGUUCAGCUGGUGGGUCGGGGGUCCAGGUCCAGGCCAGGUCCAGACUUACUGGGGCGGGGCGCUGCCAGGCAGCCAUCAGUGUGCCUGUGGCCUGCAGGACACCUGUCUGGAUCCAAAACACUACUGCAACUGUGACGCUGACCACGACCAAUGGGCCAAUGACUCAGGCCUGCUCACCCAUAAGGAGACACUCCCGGUCAGGUCUCUGGUGCUGGGUGAUGUCCAGCGGCUGGGGUCCGAGGCGGCCUACAGGGUGGGACCCCUAAGUUGCCAUGGAGACAAGAACUUCUGGAAUGCUGCGUUUUUCGACAAAGAGACGUCCUAUCUCCACUUCCCCACCUUCCAUGGAGAGCUGAGCGCGGAUAUCUCCUUCCUGUUUAAAACCACGGCCUCCUCUGGUGUGUUCCUGGAGAACCUGGGCAUCAAGGACUUCAUCCGGAUUGAACUCAGCUCCUCCACAGAGGUCGUCUUCUCCUUCGAUGUGGGGAACGGGCCGCUGGAGGUGCGCGUGGAGGCGGGCGUCCCGCUGAACGACAACCGCUGGCACAGCGUGCGAGCCGAGCGCAACGUGAAGGAGGCGUCGCUACGUGUCGACGAGCUCCCUGCCGCCACGCAGGAGGCUCCCGCUGACGGACACAUCCAUCUGCAGCUCAACAGCCAGUUAUUCAUAGGAGGCACAGCGUCCAGGCAGAAGGGCUUUCAGGGCUGCAUCCGCUCACUGCAGCUGAACGGCAUCACCCUCGACCUGGAGGAGAGGGCUAAGAUCACCCCUGGGGUCCGACCCGGGUGCCCCGGCCACUGCAGCAGCUACGGCUCGCUGUGCCAGAACCAGGGCCGCUGUGUGGAGAGAGCCAACGGGUUCACCUGUGACUGCGGGCUGUCAGCCUACACAGGAGCCUUCUGCCAUAAAGAGGUGUCAGCCAGCUUCAAGUCGGAGACGUCCGUCAGCUACAUCUUCAAGGAGCCGUACGAGCUGAGCAGGAACGACAGCGCCUUGCCUUCCUCCAUCUACUCUGACAUGACGCUGAGAGGGGAGAAGAUCUCCCUGAGCUUCAGGACCAGCCAGAGUCCAGCCCUGCUGCUCUACGUCAGCUCCUUCUACAGAGAGUACCUGGCCCUCCUCAUCAACAAACACGACGAGCUGGAGGUGAGAUACAAGUUACACAACAGCAGAGAUGCAGAGGCGCUGGUGAGCAGAGUCAGGAACCUGGCCGAUGGACGGCUGCACACGGUGACCAUCAGGAGACUGACAGACACUGUAUCUGUUCAGAUUGACCAGAACGCCAGAGAGGAGUUCAACCUGACGUCUGAUGUAGAAUUCAACGCCAUCAAGUCGCUGGUUCUGGGCAGAGUGCACGAGUCUGAUGACUUGGACGCAGAGCUGGCCAGGCUGGCCUCUCUGGGGUUCACAGGCUGUCUGUCAGCGGUCCAUUUUAACUCCAUCAGCCCCCUGAAAGCUGCUCUGCUCCACCCUGACAGCCCGGUAAUCAUCACCGGCCCAUUGGCCCAGUCCAGCUGUGGUUCCUCCUCUCCAGCCAAUCCCUACGCAGCAGAAACCACACGCUCCUUAUCAGAUCAGACCGGUUCAGUGGAUCCAGGUCAACCUUUAGUCAAUGCCAUCAGGAGUGACUCAGCUCUAAUUGGAGGUGUGAUAGCAGUGGUGAUCUUCAUCACCGUGUCUGCAAUGGCGAUCAUGGCCAGGUUCAUCUACAGGAGGAAAGAGACGUAUCGAAACCAGGAAGUAAAGGGUGUCCAGCCUGAAGACGGCCCAGAGUUCCCCUACAGCAGCCAGGCGGACUCCCAGAGCGCUCCCAGUGAACACCAAAAGGAGUAUUUCAUUUAGUUGGACUCCUGACCUCCCAAUUACCUGGUGAUGUUGGAAACAGGCAGGAGGGAGCGGGGUUACUUGCCAUGGCUCAGUGAUUUACAAGACACACAGAGUCCCUCAGCUGCCGGUGCCAACGGUUCAGCAAAAUGUGAAGACAAAAACAGAACAAUUCAUACUUUUUGCCCUUUCUUUUCUGUUGUGUAUAUAGUGUACACUGACACAAAUGGGGCAAACGUGUUGGACUGUAAGGUGUUGAUGCUGUCGUUUACAGAGAUGUAAAUAUUCAGAAUUGUAAAUGGUGAUUUGUGUCCUUGUAACAAUCUUCACAUUAUUUCUCUGCCAUAUUGAAAUCAUUAUUAAAGGAAUCAUCAAGUGUGGUUAUGAUGAUUCAAAUGCAGCUUUGUUCCAGUGAAACUAGACGUAUAGACUUUGGGUUGAUUUUUAUGCAUUUUUCUAUGAACAUGGUGACUUUUAAGUUCAGUUGGAGAUGCCUGAGUCAUGUGUGUCAGAACAUGAAAAGCACUGGUGGAUUAACAUGCCUAUUUCCCAUCUACAUAUAAAAGCUCAAAGCACAGCUCCAGAAUCUAUUGAAGUCCAUCCACUGCAAUUGAACAUAUUUUCCAACAUCAGUAUAUGACUACAAGAGAAAAAAUCAACUUCAAAAGACUUUUCCCUUUAUACUCUCUAUCUUUAAGUUCCUCAGUAGCGUUCCUCUCAUUUUAUUCCCUGUGCUUUUUCUUUGUAUCAUGAGUGAAAUAAAAGUUUUACCGUGAUACCAAGACUUUUUUUUUCUUCUGCCUACCACCUGCCGUGAGCAGCCGUCACCACAACUCUCUUAAUAGCUUUCAACAGUAAAGCUUUAAGCACAGACAGCAGCACAGACUAUAAAACACCGUGACUGUCUGUCACCUCCCUCACUCUGCACCGAGGCAUUUAUUGUAUCUUUGCUGAAGAGCUAAUCUGUGUUUGUCUGACAGGUAGACUAAGAGAUCAACAGAACGGGAAAGAGAGAUAAUCUAAGAGGCUGACAAAGAGAAAUAAAUGAUACAAUAAAAGCCAGCCAUCCAAACAUUAAUACUGGAUAUUUAUACUUCACACUCUCUACUUUGGAUCGUGGAAGGGAUUUUAAUGGCAGGAGCUGUGAAAAGUUGAAAAUGCAUUUUUCAUGUCUUGCCUUGUUGCUUUUCUUCAGCACAUUUGAGCCCAGUUUGUUGUUCUUCACCCAAUUCUGUC